AUGGCGCGAACCAAGCAGACCGCUCGCAAGUCCACUGGCGGCAAAGCACCAAGAAAACAAUUAGCAACUAAAGCUGCUCGAAAAAGCGCUCCAGCGACUGGUGGUGUGAAAAAACCUCAUCGCUACAGACCGGGCACCGUCGCAUUGCGAGAAAUAAGACGAUAUCAGAAAAGCACUGAGUUGUUGAUACGAAAACUACCAUUUCAACGCCUGGUUAGGGAAAUAGCGCAAGAUUUUAAAACAGAUUUGAGAUUUCAAAGUUCAGCGGUGAUGGCGUUGCAAGAAGCAAGCGAGGCAUACUUGGUUGGACUGUUUGAAGACACGAAUCUUUGCGCCAUUCACGCUAAAAGGGUUACCAUAAUGCCCAAAGACAUUCAACUCGCUAGAAGGGUCCGUGGCGAGCGCGCAUGA